AUGCAUUUUCAAGUUAAUUUAACAAUAGCUACUAGUUUUAAAUCUUUACCAUUGAGAAAUACAAUUUUACAACGUUACUUUUUUAGUUGUUAUCAUAGUUCAAGUCUGUAUAUACAUUGUAUCUGCAAUAGAGGAAUAAAUGAUACUAUAUGUGAAUAUUUGAUUGAUAAACAAGAUUUUUAUUGUCAUAUUGUAUUUUUAUUAUUUAUACUGUUAAUGUCAUGCCUUGGCAAAAAUGUAAUGAAUUAUUUUCGUGAUAUAAUGUUUACAUGGUUUGCUGUUGAAUAUAUUAUAUAUAAUGUGGCUUUUAUGAAUUUAUGUUGUAUAUGUUUACACCAUCGUGGUGCUCUUUAUAUUAGACCGUCAACAAUUCGUCGAUUGAAUAUGAACAAAAAACCUCUUGUAGGAGUGUAUUAUACUAAAGGGAUUAACAAGUGGAAAAAAAGUUCUAUGCUAGGUACUAUAGAUUUUAUGAUCUACAAUAUCUUGAUUUUACUUGUCAUACCACAAUCUUCAUCAAUAACAAUAAAACUAUGUGUAACAUUUGGAUCAAUAGCAACUGUUCAAAUCGGUCAAUUACUCAUGAUUUGGUUCCUGUACCAUUUCGAAGUCCAAUCAGCACCUGGAGUACCAUUACCAGUAAUCAUGGUUUCAAUAUAUAUUUUUCUUCUUGAUUUUAUUAUGUUAAAUGUUAAUCAAUGUGUUAAACUUUGA